AUGGCCAUCUCAAACCCUCAAGACAUGGCUCCAUCUGAAGAAAGUGAGGUCCUGAGAGCAGAUUUGUCCUGGGGACAUAUGACUGUCAUGGACACCAAUGAUUUGGAGGCAUCUCGUCAGAAGUUCAGACAUUUCCAGUAUCCGAAAGUGUCUGGGCCGCAUGAAGCCCUGAACCGCCUCUGGAAGCUCUGUCUUCAGUGGCUGAGACCAGAGAUUCAUACCAAGGAGCAGAUCCUCAAACUGUUGGUGCUGGAGCAAUUCCUGGCAGUCCUCCCUGAAGAAGUCAGGACCUGGGUGAAUUUACUGCAUCCAAAGAACAGCCAAGAAGUGAUAGCCUUCAUAGGGAAUGUGAUUGAAAUGCUCGAAGACGAAGGUACACCUUACCAGGACUCUGUCCUUCUGGACAGCGACUCCAAGGAGAAGCAUGUAAAAGCUGACUCAUCAGCAGGCACGCUCCAGGAACCAAUAACUCUGAGAGAUGUGGUUGUGGAAUUCAGCGAGGAAGAAUGGGGACUCUUGGAUCCUGCUGUAAAGAAGCUGUACAGGGAUGAGAUGCUGGAGAACUAUAGGAACCUGAACUCAUUGCACAGUGGGACAGUUUCAGAACACCAGGAUUCGGUGCCACAGCAGAUAGUUUCUGCAGAGGAAUCAUCCCCUGAAGCAGGGCUUACUAAAAGUACACAUUCUUCCCUCCCUGAACGUAAUCAAGAUGAGCUGUGCUUGCAGCCAGUGAAUGUCAUUUGUGAUGUACAGCAGGGACUUCCUAUUGGAAAGAGGUCCCCAGAGGAGCAGAAGGUUCAAAGCACGUAUAAUUUAGACUCUGUGAGUAAGCGACAUCCAAAUGAUAAAGAAUGUGGACAGGCCUUAAGCCUGAGUACACGUCAUAUUCGGCCCCCAAAACAUCAAAUCACCAUCAGUCCCUACGUAUGUGAUCAGUGUGGGACAGCCUUCAGCCGGAGUUCAUCUCUCAUCCGGCAUCAGAUCAUCCACACGGGAGAGAAGCCCUAUAGAUGCGGUGAGUGUGGACGAUCCUUCAACCGGUACACAAACCUGAAGAAACAUCAAGAGAUUCAUACCAAGGCCAAGGCUAGGGAAGGUGACAAAGGGGAAGAAGCCUCUUCUAAGGGUGAAGACAGCAGUACAAGUCGAAAGAAAGCCUAUGAAUGUGUUUCCUGUGGUAAAUCCUUCACCCGCAGCUCCUGCCUCCUAAGACAUCAGAUGAUCCAUACAGGAGAGAAACCAUUUGCAUGUAAUGUCUGUAAGAAAGCCUUCAGCCGACAUUCAUACCUUAUUAAACAUCAAAAAGGUCAUGUGCAAGACAAAUCCUGA